CAUCAAAGCACUCUGCAGCCACGAAAGCUUUUGCCUGCGUACAAGGCUACUUUUGUACAGCUCCCGAGGCAAGUGUCGCGAAAAUGCUCCUUCUUUCCCCCGCCCUAUUUUUUUACCUCAGAGGCGGAAGGGAAAACCAGCUAAGGGUUUGUCAGUCAAAGCACGGAAAGCGACAGGAGCGCCCUCCUCCCUCUUGCGAGGGAGGUGUGGAAGAAGCACGGAAGACCGGCCGCCGGAUGUGAGUGGCCGAGGAGCGACAAUAACAUCUGCGGCCCGGCCUCCAUUUUGGUAGGGCUUGACGGUGAUUGUGGCUGCAGGCGGCGGUAGAUUGGGAAGAAGGUUGAAGGGCGGGAUCUUCUCGCCUGCUGAGGUAAAAGGAGGCGGUGACCUAAGAAGCAUAUAGAGGAGAGCAUGACGCUGAAGAAAAAUGAAGUUUGCCUGUCUUUCCUUCCGACAACCAUAUGCUGGCUUUGUGUUAAAUAGAGUGAAAACAAUAGAGACCCGUUGGCGACCAUUGCUGGCUGAGUACAAGUCCUGCACCGUUGCUGUCCACAUUGCUUUUAAAGACUGGGAUGACAUAACCUGGAAAGAUAUACUUAGGAACAGACUUGGCAUGACACUGCCUCAGAUUGAAGAGUUGCUAUACGAAGGUGAAAAGUUUGGUAGAGGUGUUAUAGCUGGUUUAAUUGACAUUGGAGAGACAUCACAGUGUCCAGAAAACUUACCUUCUGAAGAUCGUUUGGAUCUGGAAAAUAAAGCCAUACUUUUGGGCUUGGAGCAGAAAUACUUGACAGUAAUUUCAAACCCAAGGUGGUUGCUGGAACCAAUUCCUACCCGAGGGCACAAAGACAUUUGGCAAGUGGAAAUUCCAGAUGAACUGAUUCCUUCCAUGUAACACGAAUGCAGAUGUGUGGAUGGCAGUUUUGACUCUAUGUUGCCAACUCACAGCCUUUUGUGAACUGGAAUCAUUCAUUGUUGCUGAUCCUAACACCUGGAUAUGACUGUGAGGUGACGACUGUGAAGCAGAUGGUUGAAAGGGAGAUUGGGAUCAUUUUUGGUACUAGAGAUAAUGCAAUGAUAGUGGUUAUUAGCAUAUGUGCAAUUUGAUUAAGUUUCUCAUAGUUAGAUAACUGUAAAUAAUUGUAUGCAUAUAAUGUAUGGCAUAACUAGAUGUCUUAUUAACCAGAUGAGUAAAACAAAUUGAUAACUCA